UCUUUUGUAUCCUAUAGACCCUCACAAGUCGUCCCGUGUGUUUUUCGAUGCGGACUGGAACUCUCCUCGUGUCCUCCCUUAGUCUACUUGGAAUAGUUUCUCCCGUACCCAGGGCAACGCGGCACAAUAAGCCCCAGCGGUGCACCGAACGUGCGGAGUCUUUUCGCAGCCUGCGCGCGCCUGGCGGGAAUCCCUAACGCGCGGGAGGGCGACUCGGAGCCUAGUUGCUCCUGCAGCGCAGUAAAUCCGGACCCGAGCUGGUACGAUCUGAUCUUGGUUGUCAGAUCAGGUGCCCUUCGGAGAGGCGACUUGUUCCUCGCAGACACCAGUAAGCUUUUGCUAUAAACGAAGCAACAAGAAAGAAACUUUUGAAGUUACCACCGUAAGAAGCAACCAUGCCUAUAGAAGGAGGAAAAACGGAUAUGGAGAGGAUUGGCCUCUUCAGUGAGAUGGAAUAUAUUACUGUUGGUGAUAAAUAUGUCUCACCAUUUAAUCGACCCUUUAAUGAGGCUGCAAGCAAAAAUAGACAGAUUCUACCUGGGGGAACCAAAGAAAUGUCAAAUCUCCAGGCAGGUUAUUUUGAUCCCCAAUUUGCAAGGAUUUUUGAAGGCGAAGGCUAUGUAAAUCUAAAUCAAGUGAGAAGACGGCAUAUGAUGGAAGAAGCCAAAAAAAAUCUUGCCAAAGCCUUUAUCCCGAGUAGUGGAGAUAAAAAACCAUGUGGACUGGGAAGCUACUAUGGAACAAUAGGUGGUCCAGUCCCAUCCUUCAGUGCACAGGCCAAACCCAGGGAACAAUAUAUGCCACCAGGAAAGAAUUUAUACACAAACCCAGGAAAGAAAGGAACCGGAUAUGGCUAUGCAAAUAUUACCAUAGGUAAACAGUUUUCACACUCUUCUGAUUUAUAUGAUGCAGCAAGACAAAAUUUUAAGAAAGAAAAUGAAGAGCACCAUCGGUUACUGAAGGGGGCACCUUUCAAGUUAAAUCUUUACCCAAGGGACUAUUUUGACACUAAUCCUUAUUUUACUGAAAAACCUUUACCUCCAAUUAAAAAAGAAGAGAAGAAAGAAUCACUUUUAAGUCCUUUUAAGCCCUCUUCUCCUGGUAAAAAGCCUGGUGGAAUGAAAGCAGGAACAUUUGAACCUUACCCAUCACAUUCUACUGACCUUUAUAUGCUUAAACCAGGAAAGGAGGUUUCCAAAAAAGACGAUAAGGUUUUUCAUCCUCCAAGUGGACCAAAAAGCAGACCAAUUGAAAGCAUAAUGAGUAUGAAUGUCAAAAGGGCACUCAAUAUGAAGAACUACAAGACUGCUUCAUUACAGUCCUAUUAGCAACUGCAAGACAAAUAACUUUCUAAAUCCUUACUACCAGUAACUUGUCAUCAAGAGCUAAUUAUUUGAAAAAAUGCAAAAUGCAAAGUGUGUUGAACAGAUAGCUCGAGCCUUGAAAAGAAAUUAACCUCCAACUCCAAUAUUCUUCCUGAUUUUAGUACUACUACUUAAUAAAUAGUUUUUGCUAAUAAUUUAACAUGUGAUUUCUGACUUAUGUUUUAGAUUUGUGUUCCUAAGCAGAGUAUAAUGCUGAAAAAUGUUAUAAAAUCUUUAAAUGGAGUCUAUUACUUGGAAUCUUAAAAUUUCACAGUUGAGGUCAGGAACAGAGAAGGCUGGAGGAGUAGACUGUACACCACAAAUUCUUAACUUGCUUCUUCUUCUCAGAGUGUUGAAAAACUGUACUGAUAGUUAUCCAACUGUCAUAGCCUACCAUUAACACUCUAAACAAAGAAACAUUAGAUCCAUUUAUAUUGCACAAUUUAUAUAUGUAUACAUUAUAGUGAGACAUAUGUUUCAACUCAUGGUGUCAUAUCUUUUAUUUGUAACUUAGGUAGAACAUCCGAUUACUUAGCCAAUGGCAGCUCCAAGAUAAGUUGAGGGGGAGGGGGGAAUGCAUGGAUUCAUUCUUAUAAUUCGUAAGAUGGAUUUGUUUUUGGUAUUCCUCUAAAGCUGCCUCUCUUAGAGCAUCCAGAUCACUCCAAUGCUUUAGUUCCCAAGUUCUUUCUUCUCCUUAAUCUGCCUUCUCUCUUUUAAAAAUGUGCUUUAAAUAUGAUUAAAUAUAUUACUGUUAUUUA